AUGCCUUCAAGCGACGUAGAAGCUAGUCUCGAUGGAGACAUCAAAUGUGAGCAUGCUGAGGAACUUGAGGAUGUUCCCAGUAUAGACCCAGACCUGGAAAGGAGGAUUGUUCGGAAAAUCGAUUGCCGGCUCCUACCAUCGACUGCAAUUAUAUAUCUCUUAUGCUAUCUCGACCGGUCGAACAUUGGAAAUGCGAAGAUCCUCAAUUCAUCCACAAAUGACACCCUCUUGGAAACCAACAACAUCUCCAACCACCAAUACACGAUUGCAAUGAUGGUUUUCCUCGUGGCAUAUUCAGUAUUUGAAGCGCCGAGCAAUCUGGCAUUGAAAAUAUUUCAACCGCGCAGGUGGCUUGGUCUACUUGUCAUUGCUUUUGGGUCAUUCUGCUUGGGCAUCGGGUUUACGCACAAUUUUGCGGGACUAGCAGCUCUCCGAUUUCUCCUGGGGGCUGCGGAAGCCGGCAUGAUUUAUUAUUUCACAUUCUGGUACAAGCCCGCGGAACGCGCCACUCGAAUCGCGGUAUUCAUGUGCAGUGCCACACUAUCAGGUGCCUUUGGCGGUGCAAUCGCGUAUGGCGUCGGGCACCUGAAUGGAGCUCGAGGGUUGGAGGGCUGGCGAUGGCUCUUCCUGGUGGAAGGAGUUCCCACCAUUGCCGCUGGCCUACUGGUGUUUCUUUUUCUGCCAAGCUACCCCGAGAAAGUAGGGUGGCUCACGGAUGAAGAGAAAAAGUUCCAAGCGCUUCGUCUAGCAGGUGACGGUUCCUCGGGGGAGGACAAACUUAACUGGAAAGACGCAAAGGAAACCCUCCUAACAGGAAGACUCUACCUUCACUACCUUACAUAUCUAACCAUAUCUGCCGGAGUUGCGUCGCUGUCCUUGUUUGCCCCGACAAUCAUUCUGGGACUGGGCUAUACAGACCUCCAAGCACAGCUCUUUACCGUUCCGCCCUACGCUGUUGCGUACGUUGUGACUUUAGGGCUUGCGUGGCUUUCAGACAGGUUGAAAUGUCGAGGAGCCAUCGCAUGUGGCUCCCAGCUUGUUGCGUUUGUUGCUUUCGCUAUUCAAGCAUCUCUUCCGGUUAAGGCUUAUACUGCACGCUAUGCGUUCCUCGUCAUUGCUACCGCUGGGACCUUUGGGGGUCUACCCUCACUUAACGCCUGGGUAGGAGACAAUAUUCACACUACCACAGCUCGGUCGAUAACAACCGCACUAAACAUAUCCUUCUCCGGCCCAGGGCAAAUCAUCGGAGUCUGGAUAUAUAGAGCCCAGGAUGCCCCGGCAUACCGAUUGGGCCAUGGUGUCAAUGCUGGCAUGAGCUUGCUAGCUGCAGUUCUGGCCUUCUGCUUGACUCUUUACUAUCGGCGAGAGAAUAUGAAGAUAAAAGGCACUAGUCAGACACUUUGGGUGACCUAA